CAGAGCAGGCAGGGGCCCUGAUUCACUGGCCGCUGGGGCCAGGGUUGGGGGUUGGGGGUGCCCACAGGGCUUGGCUAGUGGGGUUUUGGGGGGGCAGUGGGUGCAAGGUGUUUGGUUUGUGUCCACCGGCCGGCAGGCAAACGCAACCCACGUGGUGGGGGAGGCGGCUGGCGUGGUGGACCCAGGCCGCGUGGCCCCGGGGCAGCCGAGCCAUGGUCUCUAAACUGAGCCAGCUGCAGACGGAGCUCCUGGCAGCCCUGCUGGAGUCGGGGCUGAGCAAAGAGGCACUGAUCCAGGCGCUGGGUGAGCCGGGGCCCUACCUGCUGGCUGGAGAUGGCCCCCUGGACAAGGGGGAGGCAUGCGGCGGUGGUCGAGGGGAGCUGGCUGAGCUGCCCAAUGGGCUGGGAGAGACUCGGGGCUCCGAGGACGAGACGGACGACGAUGGGGAAGACUUCACGCCACCCAUCCUCAAAGAGCUGGAGAACCUCAGCCCCGAGGAGGCGGCCCACCAGAAAGCCGUGGUGGAGACCCUUCUGCAGGAGGACCCAUGGCGUGUGGCGAAGAUGGUCAAGUCCUACCUGCAGCAGCACAACAUCCCACAGAGGGAGGUGGUUGACACCACUGGCCUCAACCAGUCCCACCUGUCCCAGCACCUCAACAAGGGCACUCCCAUGAAGACGCAGAAGCGGGCCGCCCUGUACACCUGGUACGUCCGCAAGCAGCGAGAGGUGGCACAGCAGUUCACCCAUGCAGGGCAGGGAGGGCUGAUUGAAGAGCCCACAGGUGAUGAGCUACCCACCAAGAAGGGGCGGAGGAACCGUUUCAAGUGGGGCCCAGCAUCGCAGCAGAUCCUGUUCCAGGCCUAUGAGAGGCAGAAGAACCCCAGCAAGGAGGAGCGAGAGACGCUGGUGGAGGAGUGCAAUAGGGCGGAAUGCAUCCAGAGGGGGGUGUCCCCAUCACAGGCACAGGGGCUGGGCUCCAACCUCGUCACGGAAGUGCGUGUCUACAACUGGUUUGCCAACCGGCGCAAAGAAGAAGCCUUCCGGCACAAGCUGGCCAUGGACACAUAUAGCGGGCCCCCACCAGGGCCAGGCCCCGGACCUGCGCUGCCUGCUCAUAGCUCCCCUGGCCUGCCCCCACCCGCCCUCUCCCCCAGUAAGGUCCACGGUGUGCGCUAUGGACAGCCUGCAACCAGUGAGACUGCAGAAGUGCCCUCAAGUAGUGGCGGUCCCUUAGUGACAGUGUCUACACCCCUGCACCAAGUGUCCCCCACAGGCCUGGAGCCCAGCCACAGCCUCCUGAGCACGGAAGCCAAGUUGGUCUCGGCAACUGGGGGCCCACUCCCCCCUGUCAGCACCCUGACAGCACUGCACAGCUUGGAGCAGACAUCCCCAGGCCUCAACCAGCAGCCCCAGAACCUCAUCAUGGCCUCUCUUCCUGGGGUCAUGACCAUUGGGCCUGGUGAGCCUGCCUCCCUGGGUCCCACGUUCACCAACACAGGUGCCUCCACCCUGGUCAUUGGCCUGGCCUCCACUCAGGCACAAAGUGUGCCAGUCAUCAACAGCAUGGGCAGCAGUCUGACCACCCUGCAGCCUGUCCAGUUCUCCCAGCCACUGCACGCCUCCUACCAGCAACCGCUCAUGCCACCUGUGCAGAGCCACGUGACCCAGAGCCCCUUCAUGGCCACCAUGGCCCAGCUGCAGAACCCCCACGCCCUCUACAGCCACAAGCCCGAGGUGGCCCAGUACACGCACACGGGCCUGCUCCCGCAGACCAUGCUCAUCACCGACACCACCAACCUGAGCGCCCUGGCCAGCCUCACGCCCACCAAGCAGGUCUUCACCUCAGACACCGAGGCCUCCAGUGAGUCCGGGCUUCACACGCCAGCCUCUCAGGCCACCACCCUCCACGUCCCCAGCCAGGACCCAGCUGGCAUUCAGCACCUGCAGCCCGCCCACCGGCUCAGCGCCAGCCCCACGAGUGAGGCCCUGGCCCCGCCCCAUCCCUUACUGGCUCCGCCCCUUCCGUGUUGGUCCCGCCCCUUUCGUUGUAGUCCCCGUUGCCGUCCCCCCAACCCCGUGGCUGUGGGGCAGUGCAUGCAGCAGGCCUAGGGCUGCCGUGAGUAAGCCCCGGCAGGCACGGGGGUGGGGUGGGGUCCCCCCUCCCAGACACGGCCUGUGCUCCCAUGAAGCCCAAAAGGCACGACGACCCCAGGAAGAUGGGCCCGCCUUACAGGAACAUCUCAGGUACUAGGUGGAGGCAAAAGAUGAAGUGAUUGUUAGAGGCAGCGGCGGGUGAUAAGGACCAGGUCUGUGAGCCAGAAGCGACUCCUUCACACGUUUGGUCUGGCUUGGCUCAGGGUUGAACAUUCUUUGAAAUGUGUUGCCAACGUUUCAAAAUCAGGAAUUUUCUCAUAGAAAUCCGGAUUUCCAGCAUCUUUUGGAAAACUGGAAAAAUUCAUAUUCCCACGUAACAGCUCACCAGGCCCCACUGCAUCCACUCACAUCGGCUCCAGUGACCCCUGGCAGAGGGUCACGUCAUUGUCAGGAGUGGGCAUUUGGAGUCAGGUGGCUGGCUCUGCACCUGCCUUUAUGCACGUUGCCCCUUUCUCUAAGGUUCCUGGCCCCAGCCCUGGCAGCCGUCAUGACAGCCUCUGAAGGCAUUCUGUGUCCUGGCUCCUUGCUUCACCUCGGGAGGCAUGUGCACGAUCACCCCCAUUUUACAGAUGAGAACAUAGACACUUAAGGAGGGGGGGACUUGCCUCGUCUCCCACAGCUACCAGGCAGCAGGGCCAGGACUCGAACCCAGGUCCAACCUCAAAGCCCAUUCUCUUAACCAUUUCCAUCAGUCAGGGUUCUCCAGAAACACAGAACCAAUAGAUUGCCUUGAAGGACUUGGCUCGAGACUGUGGGGACUGCCUAGCCUGAAAUCUGUUGCUGGGAACUCCCUCGAGAGAGAGUUCUGCAGCCUUGAGGCAGAAUUCUUUCUUCUCUGGAAACCUGUUUUUGCUCUUUUGGCCUUCCACUGACGGAGGAGGCCCACCCAUAUUUUCAGGGUAAACUCCUUUACGCAAAGCCAACUGAUCAUGGCGUUAACCACAUCUACAAAGCACCUGCAUUCACAACAGCACUUAGAUUAGCGUUCGACUCAGCCUCAGCAAGCCAGCAUGUUUACAGCUGCCUGCCCCGGCAUCUCACCGGGACUUCUCCAGCGUUCCCACUAAGAUGUACUGAGGCCACUCCCAGGGAGGCCCCCUGAGGCUGGCUGGCAGGCUCCCCUUGUUAAGAACUGAGGGUAGAGGUUUGACUUUGGGGUUCCUGUUAUCUGCUGUGAUCCAGGCGUGGCCCUGCCUCCCCGGCCCGAGUAUCCCUGGGGCAGGUGGGGUGGGUCCGGGUGCCUGUGUGCGGCCAGCAGCCUCGUUUACCUCCACAGUGUCCUCGAGCAGCCUGGUGCUGUACCAGAGCUCAGACUCCAGCAACGGCCACAGCCACCUGCUCCCGUCCAACCACAGCGUCAUCGAGACCUUCAUCUCCACGCAGAUGGCCUCUUCCUCCCAGUAACCACGGCACCCGGGCCCUGGAGCCUGUACUGCCUGCCUGGGGGCAGCAGCCAGCCCUGCCUGCAGGACCUGAGCUUGCCGGGCUCCUGCUGCCCUUCCUGGAAAGCUGCGCCUCGCUCCCCGCUUUGCUGUGAUGCAUCAGAACGGGAGGGCUCUCUGAGGCGCCCCAACCUGCACAGGGCUGCUCGGGUUGCACACAAGGGGGCCAUGGAGAGCGCGAGCAGAGCCUGUUCCUGGCAGAUGGAAGGACUGUCCCUGCUGCUUGGGAUACGAAGCGGGCAGCCUGUGACCUGGGCACCCCCAGCCUGGGCCUGUGGAGAGCCCUGGGACCCCUACACGACUCUGGCAGCCACACUUCUCAGGACACAGGCCUGUGUAGCUGUGACGUGCUGAGCUGAGUGGCCCUGGGUCAGCGUGGCCUUGUUCUGUGGCCUAUGCACCCACAGGGCCACUCCAUCCCGCCCCCACUCCUUCCAGCUAGGGACGCACAUGCCCUUUGUACUGACCCCGUCAUCUACUCACAUAGGCAUUUCCUGGGUGGCUACUCUGUGCCAGGGCCUGGGGCUCCAAUGCCCACGCCCAGGGGCUGAAGCUAACAGGGAAAGUAGGCAGGGUCUCCCAGCUUCCCUGGUCCCCCGUGAUUCCCUAUCCCGGGCCCCAGGACCUCCAGCUUUCCUGGAUAUCAGUUCCCAAGAGCAUCACACCCCCGAGGCCAGCCUGGCCUCCUUCCUCUACGGGGAAGGCCGCUUCAGAGCUGGGAAGUCGUCCUUACUCCUGUGGGAGCCUCGUGACCCCUGCCAAGUCCAGGUCCUGUGGGGCAGACCUUGCCCUUGUUUGGGGAGAAGCUGCUGAGCUCAGAAGGCGGCAAGGCCCAAGCAGCUGGCCAGGCUGAGGUGCCCAAGAGAAGAAAGAGGCGACCCCAGGGCAGAGGAGCUGCCUGUGUGGACAGGACUAAGCUCAGGAGCCCGGGGCCCUGGCUGGCUGAGGGCACUUCGCAGCCACCAGAGGAGUCCGAGGUCCUGAGCACCACCAGGAGGGACACGGGAGCCUGUGAAGCCCGGGCAAGCAUGGCCCCGUGUCUCUGCACCUGCUGCUGAGAACCUGGUCCUCGGAGUGCCACCGCCACCCUGGGAUUCAGGAGAAGGUCUGGGCGACCCGGCACCCCGGCAGCUUGUAGCCAGCUGGGGCGAGCGGCACGUUUAUUUAACUUUUAGUAAAGUCAAGGAGAAAUGUGG